GGAAAGGUUACAUAAAUGCUGGGGGAGUGUUGGAGGAGGAGUCUGUCGGCAUGCAGCAGGAUAAAAGAAACCACAAAACAUCGAGAAACAUCACAUCACAACCAGAAGCUCCAGUUGGACGACUACAAGACUCAACCGAUCUGCACAACUUCACCAGCAGGAACAAACAUGGCCUCAGAUACCAUGACGGUGGCGGCUCUUAGUCGACCUUUCGCUCUCGGGAUGUUCUACGAUGCUGUGAAAGACGAACUGAUUCCAGGUCUCACACUAUGGGAUGCCAAAACUCUAAAAGACAACACAGUUGAGAACUCUCAGCAUAGCAGUAACUUUUACAUUUCUACCUCCGACACCACUCAGUCCAAGUCCUCUCUGCUGAAUAUUGAGGCUUCUUUGAAAGCCAGUUUCUUGGCUGGACUGGUGGAAGUCGAAGGAUCCGCCAAGUAUCUGAACGAUCAGAAGAAGUUCAAGAAUCAGAGCAGAGUGACUUUUCAGUACAAAGCCACCACCAACUUCAAACAACUGAACAUGGCUGACCUCGGCACUCUGGACAAAGAGCAGCAAAGUAUUAUUAAGAGAAGCUCGGCCACACAUGUGGUCACCGGCAUCCUUUAUGGGGCGAAUGCUUUCUUUGUGUUUGACAGCGAGAAGGUAGAAGCUGAUAGCGUUCAGGAAAUGGAGGGCAGCAUGCGAGCUUUGAUAAAGAAGAUUCCUGCUUUUGAUGUUGAGGGGAAAGUUGACUUGAAGCUGACUGAUGAAGAAAAAGCCCUGACUCAGAAAUUCUCUUGUAAAUUCUACGGAGACUUCAUCCUUGAAAGCAACCCUUCAACCUUCGAAGAGGCGGUGAACACUUAUGUAGGACUGCCAAAGCUGCUGGGAGAAAAAGGGGAAAACUCUGUUCCACUGACGGUCUGGCUGGUGCCGCUGAAGUAUUUGGAUCCUGAAGUUCCUGAGCUGAUAAACGAGAUCAGCAUCGGGUUGGUGAUUGAAAUUGAAGAUGUCCUGGAUGACCUGAGGCGGAUGGAAGCCAGAUGCAAUGAUUCCCUGGUCGAGGGAGUGGUGGGGGAUUUUCCAUGUCUUCAAGAAGGGUUGACACGUUUCCAAAAGCUGUGCGGUUAUUACAGAGCUGAUCUCCAGAAGACCAUGGUGAAGAUCCUACCAUCCAUCCGUGAAGGCAAAGAGGACGAGAGCUCGCUGAGACGAAUCAUUGAGGAGAGAGAAAAAUCACCGUUCAGUCAUGAAAAACUAAGCAAGUGGCUGGACUGCAAAGAGAGGGAGGUCAAUGUAGUCUGGGCUUGUGUGGAGAUAAUACCAGACAUAAAGAUUGUCGCAAAUCAGACGGAGCUGGAAAGAGAGGUUCUCGCACCUGGUGCAGAUUACAGUUUCUGCUUCGUUUUCACCUCUCUGGAAACUGCUGACCCCUGCCUGGACGACAUGAGAAACUACCUGGAUGGAGAGAAGUCAGGAAGCUCAGAGCCGACGUACAUCUCAGAUGAUGUUAUCAAGCAAAUGAAAGACAAGGCUCAUACUUUCAAAAAGGCUGAAAUUUUUAAACUUCCAAAUGUUAAAUUCCUUGUAGCAGCCAUCUUAAACAAGAAGUUCCCAGGAGCAUCCGUCUACGAAUACAAGGCAGGUAUUCUGAUCAAUGAAAACUGAUCAGAAUACCUGCCUACCUAGUGUUUUCUCGGACCAGUAGUUUAGCUUUUUGAGCAAAUGUUGAGUCACUUGAGACACAGUCACAGUCCUAAUGUUGAACCAAUUUGGGGCAAAAUUUCUCUUUUUGGAAAAUUUUCAUCUUAGUUAAGAACAAAUUUGGAGUAUUUUGACCAAAUUUUUCGAAUCAUUUGGGCAAAUUCUGAGUCAUUUUUGACAAACUUUGAGUCAUUUUGGACUCGUUUGAACCACAUUUGGGAAAACGUGUCUUUCUUUUUAAAAAAAAAUAAAAAAUCUGCCUUAUUUGGAAGAAAUGUUCUUUCUUUUUGAACAUUUUCAACCUAAUUUGGAGCUCAUUUUGAGGAUUUUGAGCAACUUUUUGAGUCAUUUUGGACAAAUUCUGAGUCAGUUUCAUCAAACUUUGAGUGAUUUUGGACACAAUCUGAGCCCUACUGGACAAUAUUGAACCUAAUUUUGGACAAAUUUUUAGUCAACUUUGACCAACUGAGUUCUUUUGGCCAAUUUUUAAUUUUGGAAUGAAUUUUCUCUCUUUUUGGACAGUUUUUGACCUAAUUUGGAACAAAUUCUUUAUUUUAAUGUUAUUUUAUGGUAUUUUGGGAGAUAUUUUUAGCUUUUUCACAUUUUUUUUUCUGUCAUUUUGGACAAAGUUUGAAUAACUUUGGACUGUUUUUAACCUAUUUAGGAACAAAUUCAGAGAAUUUUGCACAAACUGGGAGUCAGUAAGUCUUGUUGGAAAAACUUUGACAUAUUUUUUGAUCAUUUUGGACAUGUUUUAACCCAUUUUAAAACACAUUUUGAGCAACAAAGUUGGACAAUUCUUAAUCUAUUUCCAUCUUUGUGAAGUCUCACACUUUUCAGAGCCAUGACGCAGACACGUUUUUUGAAUUUUUGUUUGUUUUGAUGAUGAUGUUGUUGUAUUUUUUUUAAACAGAAUUUAAUCGUUGCCAACAGUGUAUUUUUAGCACAUAUUCAAAUGGAAAAUGCAUAAUUGAGUGGUUUGGGUGAAAUAUCACGAUUUCAUACUUAAGAUGGUGGAAUCUGUUUUUAUUUUUGGGAAAACAUUUUUUUGUUUUUUUUUGUUUACAAAACUUGUUUUAGCACAUUUGAAAUGGCAUAAUAAGGUGGUUUUGGUGAAAUAUUGUGAUUUCAAGCUUAAGAUUUUGUGGUUUUGUUUUAAAUUUUGAGACACUAUUUGUAUUUUUUGUUUUGUUUACAAUAUUUGUUUUUUUUCUUUUUUUAAACCACAUUUUUAAAUGGAAUAAUAAGGUGUUUUUGGUGAAAUAUUGUGAAUGCAAGCAUGGGAUUUUGUGGUUUGGUUUUAUUUUUGGGACACCAGUCACUGAAUUUUUAGUUAACUUUCACCACAUUUUAAAUGGCAUAAUAAAGUGGUUUUGGUGAACUGUAAUUAGAUUUUAUUUUUGUGAUGUCGAGAGCAGAACAAUUCGUCACAGUUGACUUUUCAAAGAGGGGAACUUUUGUCUUUUUCUUCUCGGCCAAUCAUCAGGCUGAAAACAAGAACUGUGAAACUGGUGUUGGAGUUGAAGCUUUCUUGAUCGUGAAGAUGACUUCCUAUAGCGACGACUCUCCUCUAAUAAAUCAACUGAGACAUUUGUUGCAUGUUUGUUCUGUCUUUGAGUAAAAAGUUGAAUAAAGUAAAAAAGGUGAGUUGAA